UUUCAGAUUUUAGCAUAAGGAUGAGUGUUGAUGACGUAUUGGAGUUCCUGCGAUCCCGAAGUUUGCCAGAUCGUGCACUUGAGAGGAUACAAGAGGAAAAGAUUGAUGCCGAGACUGUGCUUGGGAGCGAUGACCAAACCUUAGCCCGAUUUAUUCCUACAUUAGGCGAUCGUAUUGCUUUGAAGAACUUUUGUGCAAAAAACCAAAAAUCCUUAAAUACAACUGAAACAAAAAGAUCACGUCUAUUUGGGAUUUUAAAAGCAAAAAUGAACGCCAUGGACAAGACUAAGUCGUCACCUUCCACAUCAUCUCCAAAUGCACAUGCGAGAAAAAUGACAAGAAAAGUUGAGUUCGGUUGGAUCCAUAAAGGCCGGCAAGUGAGAAAGCGUCUUGGUGGGGGAUGUAGGAAAGUUGAUGUUGAUAGAAAUGCUUCCAAAUUCCAGCUGCUUCACAUAGGGAAAGGACUCUUCUUUCCCGAGGGUCUAUCCACGAAAGGAAAGGAAGAGGAAUUUGAAUUUGAUAUCCUUGAUUUCAAAGAAACCCCACUGCCGCCUACUUCAACUGUUAACGAGUGCUAUGAAGUUUUCAAAACAGGACUUGUAACUUUCUAUCUCCACACAUCUGAUAAAGGUCAGGGUCAGAGUUCAAGUGGUCAAAGUGCAGGUCAGGGUCAGAGUUCAAGUGGUCAAAGUGCAGGUCAGGAUCAGAUUUCAAGUGGUCACAGUGUAGGUCAGGGUCGGAGUACAAGUGCUCGAAGUGCAGGUCAGGGUACCACUGCCAAACUGGAUGCAUCAAACACUACAGAAAUAUAUCACGGGAAGCAGUCGGGACUGUACACUAUUGAUGCUACUGACAUACUGGGUGAAGCUGCUGCCUCUGUUGGGGGAUUCCCUGAUGAUGACUUCGACUUGCCAGAUAUAAAUGUUGGUGACUUUGACUUCAACUUCACCCUAGCAGGAGGAGGUGUUCCCACGGAAACGAAGGAUGUUCAAUCGGUUGAAAUGACAAUUCACCGUGGGUCACUCGUGCUAUCGGAGUUGUGCAGCUAUUUCAAGGACGCUUCCAUUAUGAACAAGAUCAUAAACAUCGUACGCAUCCUUCCUAAUGGUGAUAUAGAAAAGGCUCAGGAUACAGGCGGUGUCUUUAAAGAUACUCUCACGGAGUUCUGGGAACUGUUCUACAGUCAGUGUACAGUUGGCCGUGAUGUCAAGGUUCCGUUCCUGCGACAUGACUACGGGCAGGAAGAAUGGAAUGCUGUUGGUCGCAUUCUUGUUUACGGUUGGAAGCAUCAAGGAUACUGGCCAGUGAAGAUGUCUCACGUCUUCCUUCACCACUGCCUCUUCCCUCAGCUACCCAUACCUCAGGACAAGCUUCUGGAAAGCUUUUACGGAUUUAUUUCAUCGGUUGACAAGGACGUAUUUACAAAUGCUGUCCAGAAUUUCGCAGAUGCCGACAUUGAUGAAAUCAUUGAAGCCCUGGAAGAACAUGAGUGUAGAACAGCUAUCAACAGAGACAAUAUUCUUCCUGUAAUCCUGGAAAUAGCACACAAAGAGCUGAUCCAAACGCCGAUGUACGUCAGUGACUGUUGGCGCGACAUCAUUGGCGUAGUUCACAUGACAAGCGCCCAACUGGAAAACGUCUACAAAUCUCUGGUACCAAGCAACAAGGGUGUCAUACAGAUUAUGAAGUUCCCUCCUUGUAAUACCACUGAAGAAAACACAACCGUGAAACACUUAAAACGAUAUGUGAAAGAGCUGGAUGCUAAGAAGCUUGGCAUGUUUUUGCGGUUUUGUACUGGAUCUGACUUGGUGACAGUUGAACAGAUAACAGUUGAACUUCUUCCGAUGAAGCCGUUUGAGCGAAGACCUAUCGGACACACCUGUGGCUGUGUACUUCAGAUUGGAGAACACUAUGACACAUUUGCAGAAUUUCGAUCUGAAUUCGACAGUGUACUGGACAGCAACAUAUGGGUAAUGGACAUUGUGUAAGUGUCGAACAGACUGUUAUCUCGACAACAUGAUCUUUCCUUUAUAUGCCAGAUGGUUAUGUGUUCUCACAACUGAUCAGGAUAUGGUUUUGUAGUUUACAGUUGUGAAGGACAAAGGUUUUGUCAUUCUUUGAAUGUUCACGAGUAACCCGAGAUAACUUUUCUCCCUUUUUGUUUCUUUAUCUUAUUAAUGAACGUAACAUCAUUGAAAGAUUUUACAUUUUCAAAUUUGCCAAAGCAGGCAGAGUUAUUCUAUUUUGAUACUGGUUCUUGUGACAAUUAGACGUAAGAGAAUUUUUAUUUCAAAACCAAUCUUUAGUGUUUCAUUACUUGGUUGUUGUUUACGAGUUGAAUGUUUUGAUAAACAUCAUGAAGGCACUUGACAAUGAAGACAUUAUGUGCCUUUGUUCCUUCUAUACAGUAGUCAUUAAUAAUUCAUCAAUGUUAUGUAAUAGUAUGCAGGGGUUUUAUUUGCAGUAAAGACAGCAUAAGAUAAUGGAUAUAUGUGGGAAUAAUGACAUUGAUGGGGAACUGAAACAAAGUUGAUUUACAUUGUAUGUUCUGGGUUUUUUUCCAAUACAUGUAAUAUGUUAUGAUCA